AUGUAUGAUUACAGUUAUGAUAUUUCUCUCUUAGAAAAUCCAAAUAAGGCUCUCAAGACAGUGAUUCGAUCUCCUUUCAAUCAUACCAAUAUUACAAGUGUAUUCUUUGAUCCUGAAUUACAAGCAGUAUUUGUUUCCUAUGAUAAUCAUUGUGUGUGUAUUUUUAAUGUUCACUCCAAUGAAAAGAUUGGUCAAAUCAGAGGUGUGAAUUGUAAACAUUUAUUUGUAUUGAAUCAUCAAUUGUUAGUGGCACAUGUUGUGGAGACACAACAUUCAACUAGUACCACUUUGACUACAACUGGUACUUCAACUACUACUACUUCUAAACUUCGAUCGAAUACAUUUAUGAAUACUCAACACCACCACUCCAACAAUAAUCAUACUCAACAACAUUCCACUCGUCAACAUUUCAUUCAAAUUUGGAACAUUUCCUCUCAACAUAAUUCCAUUCAAUGUUCUUUGAAAUAUUCAACUCACAAUAACAACAACACUUGGAAUUCUCAUCCUCAUAUUAUGGAAAUAUUUCAAGUCUCACCUCAUACCAUUUAUUUAGAUGGAAAUGUCAAGAAGGAAAUGCAAGUGAUUGUAUGUGGAUUUGGUAAUUCUAGUAGUAGUGGAGGAGGUAGUGAUGAAGGUGGUAUUCUAGUCUUGUAUGAUUUAUUGAAUCAGUCCGAAAGUGUAAAAAGUUUAAUAUUUCAUACCAACAACAAUAAUACUAACAGUAACAACAUUUCACAUAAGGGAGUCUAUUGUUAUAGUAUUGAUCAAGAUCGAGAUUCUUUGGAUGAUUUGUGUAUCUGUGGAUUGAAUGAUGGUACGAUUAUGGAAUUUAAUUUAACACAAAUGAAUCCUCAAUUAGAGCCAAGAAUAUUGAAUACUACUAGUAAUAGUAGUAGUAAUAGUAGUAGUAGUAAUAGUAGUAUUACUUUGAAUGUCAACACACACCAAAGUAUUGAAUGUCUUGCAUUUGAUGGUGCUUUGAUGCGAAUUGCAAGUGGUGGAUGUGAAGGAUCGAUUUGUGUAUGGGAAGUCAUGUCAUCCUCAACUCAAACUAAUACGAUCCAUACGAUCAAUACUACUACUACCACAGAUGUGAAUUCAAUCAAUCAAUACUUCAACAAUGCAACAUGUUGUGGAUCAUGCACACAUGAAAUGUAUCAAAUCUCAUUUGAAUAUUCAUGA